AUGACAAUUGGUCAUGUUCAUUGUCACAAAGAUCAGAUGAGUGGAGAAAAGAUAAAUGUACGUGUUGAAAAUGAUUUGAAAGUUGACACUGUUCUUAUUUUACAUUGUCGAUCAUCAAAUAGUGAUCUUGGAGAAAAAACACUUCAUAGUGGACAAUUUGUGGAAUGGUCUUUCAAUGCAAAUGCCAACAACAUUAUUCUCUAUUCAUGUGAGAUAAAAUGGAACAACAAGCAACAAAAUUUCAUAGUUUACGAAUCAACUAAGGAUAAAACAACAUGCACAUCUAAAUGUCAUCGCAGCAUUUAG